AUGUCCAUACAAACGCCCUUGGCGACAACGUAUGGUGCUCGUCUCAGCGCAUACUUGACGACAUAUGAGGACUUAAAGAAGCAUAGGAAAAGAUUGAACAAGGCGUUGGUAAAGCUUCGUCAUAAUCUCGACAUCGUCACCAAGGACACGAGAAAGUAUAGUGAGAAGGAGCAAACCAAGCGCCUUUCUGCUGCUGAUUACGCUCAGAAUAAACUUAAUGGAUUGCUUUUGCUCUUACUUGCGGAGCGUGACUCCUUGUACGCCGCAGAGAUCAAGUCUUUGCUUGAGAUAAGCGGCUCGAGACUCACACAAUAUAAGAAGCUCAUGAUCACCAGACUUAAGAGGUCACUUCAAACCAACAAGAAGCUUCUCAGGAUUACUGAGAAUGAAGCGGACCAGUCGGUGAGAACAGAGCUCUAUAUAUAUACCGCCUUGUCACAAGGGUUGUACCUGGUCAACAAGAAGAGAUGGGCUGAGGCACUCCAGGCAUUUUCCGUUGCUAGAUGUGGUCUCGAACUCAUUAUACAUCAAAGUGAAGAGGACUCAGAAGGCGAAAAUUUCAAGAAGACCUUACUGGAGGAAUUGCUCGACACGUUGGUGGACCCAUCUUUGAGUUUGGCAGUGUCUCAGAUUGAGCAGCAUCAAUCGACGAGCGAUCUCAUAACCAUCGCCAGAAAGCACUGUCAUGACAAACACUUACCUUAUCUAGAGCCAGCAGUGGAGCUCAUACGCUCUCAAGACCCACUGCUCGUUCAGGAACCCAUGGAUGAAGACCUCUCCAGAACUGUGACUUGGAGGGAGCACGAGGCUCACGUCUACAAUGACGAAAUAGCAACUAAAAUCGUUCGCCUAAAUCGUAUAGACUGGCAGCUGUUCGAAGAGGCCAACGACUACGACAGCUUGUUGCAGAAAUGGACUGCUCUCGUUGACCUUCACGAGGCAGACUUGCUGAAGAACCGAGACGAAGAUGACUUGGAAAAAACUCAAGACGGUGCCAUUGUGUUGACUUACCUUAAGUACCACGUUCAUUUCACCAAAUUGAAGAGAGAUUUGCUUCUCAUCCACCAGUUAGAGUCAAAAGUUUUUGCAAGUAGUGCCAAGAAGCUUCAGACCCAUCGUGAUGUCAUCAGACUUUAUGACUCCAUAAUCAGCACUGUGGAGCUGCUCAAGGACUUGCCAGGUGUCUAUAAUGAUGAAGAUAUGUAUGAUUCCUUGGAAAAUAUGCAAAAGUUCUUCACUGCCAAAAGGUCCGUGGUAGUAGCGGAAUCGUACGCUCUUGUGAACAUGUUCCCCGAGGCACUCAAGGUCUACAGCCACCUUGCAGACACGUUUGAAGUGACUCCUGACUUCUACAAGACCGACUCGUUCCCAUACGAUGUGACUAGCAUUGAGCAAGUUAAAGAGCUUUCAAACACCAUCCAGUCGAGUUUGUCAAGAGCGCACGUCAUGGCUCAAUUCCACAGGGAGCAGAGCGGGGCAAGUGACUAUGUCAUGGAUAACGUUUACAAAUUCCCAAUUGCGGAUAAAGUAAACAAAAUCACCGACGCUGGCGAGAAGGGCGCGUUGAGGCCAAUGUUGAGUAAAGCUGUCUUGUUCGACAUCGCCUUUAACUACAUCAGCUACUCGACUAGAGGAGACUCGAGCACAAAGGAAGCUAAGGCCUCGGGUGACAAAAAGAAGAGUGGUUUUUUCGGCAUAUUUGGCCGCUAA